AUCAGCAAUAAAUAAACAAUAAUAACAAUAACAAUCAUACCUAAUCAGCCAACAUUCAUUGUUUUUAUGUUUUUAUUCCAUUACGUGGCAGAAUAAAAAUUAAUUUUAUUUGUAAUAGUUAAUUACUUUUAUUAAAUUAAUAAAUCAUGCAUUUUGCUGAUAUUUUAAGAAGAUUUGAUGCUUAUCCAAAAACACUUGAAGAUUUUAGGGUUAAAACAUUUAGCGGUGCUAUAGUGACAAUAAUUAGUACAAUGAUAAUGAUAAUGUUAUUUAUAUCAGAAUUAAGAGAUUUUAUGACACCAAAUUUGGAUGAGGAAUUAUUUGUUGAUACUUCAAGAGGUUCUAAAUUAAAAAUAAAUCUAGAUAUUAUUAUACCAAAAAUUUCAUGUGAUUUAUUAUCAUUAGAUGCAAUGGAUACAACAGGAGAACAGCAUUUACAAAUAGAUCAUAAUAUUUAUAAAAGAAGAUUAAAUUUAGAAGGAAUGCCAAUUGAAGAUCCUAAAAAAACGGAUUUAAUGGACACUAAAAUCGAACGUCAACUUGAAAAUAAUACGAUUGAAACAACGACAAUGCCAUCAUGUGGCUCAUGUUAUGGUGCCGAAGACGAGGCUCUGAAUAUUACAUGUUGCAAUACGUGUGCGGAUGUUAAACACGCGUAUUUAUUACGGCAAUGGGCAUUUCCGGACCCAUCAACGAUAGAUCAGUGUAAGAAUGCCAGAUCGAUAGAUCAUAUUAAGAAUGCAUUCGAGGAAGGAUGUCAGAUCUAUGGAUCUAUGGAAGUAAAUCGUGUUGGUGGAAGUUUUCAUAUAUCACCUGGAAAUAGUUUUUCAAUAAAUCAUGUUCAUGUUCAUGAUGUCCAGCCAUACUCAUCAAGUCAAUUUAAUUUAACGCACAAAAUUCGUCAUUUAAGUUUUGGUAUUAAUAUUCCUGGUAAAUCAAAUCCUAUCGAUAAUACAACUGUAAUUGCUGAACAAGGAGCAAUGAUGUUUCAACAUUAUAUUAAAAUAGUACCAACGACAUUUUACCGCGGAGAUGGUGCUCAAUUACAGACGAAUCAAUUUUCCGUAACACGUCUGUCACGUAAAAUAUCUGGAUUUAAUGGCGAGACUGGGAUGCCUGGAGUGUUUUUCAGCUACGAGUUGAGUCCGCUGAUGGUUAAAUAUACAGAGAAAAAAAAAUCAUUUGGACACUUUGCUACAAAUAUUUGUGCAAUUAUCGGAGGUGUUUUUACAGUAGCUGGCUUUAUUGAUACAUUUUUGUAUCACUCUGUUAGAGUGAUACAAAAAAAACAGGAACUAGGUAAAUUGGGAUAAAAAUAAAUUAUUUAAAUAUGUAAAUUUAUUUUAUUAAUUUAUAAAUGAUACUUUUAUUAUCAUUAAUUUUUUUUUUUAAACAAUUGUUUUAAAGUCUGAUAAUGUAAUUAAAUAAAAUUUUAAUAAAAGUGA